CAGGAGCAUUUUGUGAGGAGUGGGAGACUUAGUGAGGCAACAUGACAAGUAUCAAAGAGAGGAAAACAUCACACAGACUGUUGUCAUAACAACAUAUUGCAAUGAACGCCAAGCACCAUCUGCUCCGAGAAUUUUUGAGACGCAUCAAGAGGACGAGUCGAUGGAUAAUUAUUUCCCAGGAAUAAGAAUUAGACCGAAUGGUAGAAGCGCUGCUCUUGAAAUCCAGCGACGAAGUUUGUGUGCUGCGGUCUCAGUUUUGAGAAGUUCGGGGGAAGYGUCUGAUUUCUUUUGUCGCGUCGCAAUUGAGGUCAGAUAGGCUACUACAGUAGCCGCAUAGAGAAAACGAACAAAAACAGGAAGUCGUUCUGAACUUGCACGGUUUAUUUCACAUGAACUAAUAACGGGAAUUGAAAGUAACUGUAAGAGUCGGGGGAGCGGGAGAGGGGGAAAUAAGUUAUUUUAUUGCUCAAUGUUCUUUUGGGCCAAACGUCCUAAUUUAUGGCUGUUAGCCGUCGAAACUCAAAUUAAUCACGCGCAUUAAUCUGCAUUCAAUCCUGGCGCGGGYUGACCUUGAGCGUUUCACCUGAAGUAUGCGCUCUGCAUCCAUUAAGUCGACGCGAUGUAAAACCAUCUCACAGCAUCAGCGUGAAGUGUCUAUUACCACCGUCUUAUUUCCUGUUUAUAUGGCAACUGCCUCAACAUCCUGUUUUUAAUUACUUCUCUCCGGCAGCAGAUGCUUCUCGCAGCAACCUGCUGUGGAUUACUCCCCUGAGAACUAAUGUGCUGUGACAGACCCCACUUUUCCAAUCAAUAACUCGCCCUAAAUCUGCCAUCUCUCUGCCUGCCAAACACACUCCCACUUCUAAUGGCACAUCAUUUUCUUUAAGGGGGUGUAAUUGCGUGCUGUGGAAAAGCUGCAGCCUCUCUAUCUGUGUGUGUGUGCGUGGGUGUGUGUGUGUGUGUGUGUGUUCUUCUCUGUUCCGACCACGCUCGUACUGUAAAAGUGCAGAGGCUAGAGCACACAGGAAGUGAUGAGGGGCUUUACACAGCAUGCAGUCUCGCCACCCCUACCAUCACAUCUGACAGACGCACUCACUUCCCUGUUUUGACUGUAGCAGUUGAGACAUUUCGACAAAAAGAAGUCACUUUCGCUUCACAAACCUGUUGAUGUGAACGUGUCAGGAUGUUUGUUUGAUUCAUGCGAUUUGACCAGUUUGAUAUCUAAGGCCAGCAUAACAUGAAUGUGGAUCUAAACUUCUCUAACAUGUCUGUGGAUCCUCUGGCAAUGAAGACGGAGCAGGGCCCAGUCGAGUAUCGCAUAGUCGGCCUGGUCUUCUACAGCUUCGUCUUCAUCAUAGGAGUGAUAGUGAACUUCACUGCCUUGUGGGUUUUUGCCUUGACCACCAAGAAGAGAAACUCUGUCACCACCUAUAUGAUCAACGUGGCGCUCGUGGACCUCACCUACAUUUUGCUCCUGCCCUUCAGAAUGGUUUACUUCCACCAGGACUAUUGGCCCUUUGGAGACGUUUUCUGCCGGAUCACGGCAGCGCUAACCAUCUUCUACCCCUGCAUGGCCCUGUGGCUGUUCGCUCUGAUCAGCACUGACCGCUACAUGGCCAUUGUUCAACCCAAACACGGCAAGGAGCUGAGGAAUGUCCCAAAGGCCGUGGUGGGCUCCUUGGGGGUGUGGAUCAUGACUCUGGGCAGCAGCGUACCCCUACUCUUCUCUCAGGACGACCCCGAUCGCGUCUCCAACUACACUACCUGCAUCAAGAUGCAAGACAUCAUCUACAUGCGCCGCGAGAAUGCGGUCAACUUCGUUAGACUCAUCUUCUUCUUCCUGGUCCCCAUCUGCAUAAUGAUUGGCUGCUAUGUUGUCAUUGUGGACAACCUAAUCCACGGACGCACCUCCAAGCUGAAGCCAAAGGUGAAGGAGAAGUCCAUCCGGAUCAUCAUCACGCUCAUCGUGCAGGUGCUGGUGUGCUUCGUGCCGUUCCACAUCUGUCUGGUGCUGCGCUUGUUGGGAAACGGCGAAGACGGUGGCUUCAACACGUGGGCCGUCUUCACCACGUUCCUGAUGAACCUGAGCACGGUCUUGGACAUCAUCUUGUACUACAUCGUCUCCAAGCAGUUCCAGGACAGGGUGAUCAGCGUGAUCCUGUACAGGAACUACCUGCGUAGCGUCAGGCGAAAGAGCCGGCACACGCACACAGGAAGCGUCAAGUCGCUGAGCAACCUCACCAGCGCGAUGAUAUGAAAGUCCGUGGCACAGAUACUGUACCAACGAUAUGCACACUAGAUGCAUCGGCGUGUACUGUUUGUGUAUAAUUACCUGAAGGAUCAAGAAACUGCAAUUAAUUUUCCCAGAGUGCAAUUUACACUCACAGUAUGGAAGUGCUGCUGUUGUGGUGAAAACAUCUGUGUUUCAGAGCUGAUUGACUCACCCAUGAGACUUGAGUUGUUUCCAUGCCUUGUUUUUUUUUUGUUUUUUUUCCUCUCUGCUAAAGAAAGCAUAUGCGGCACAGGUGUGACGUGUUCAGGUGAAAAUGUAACUGUUUAAAACAAAGCAUGCAGUAAACGUGCACAAGCAUCAGAAACCUCAAGAAAGCAGCACGAAAGGGUCUGACAUCCUCCACAGGAAGCAGCGGUGGGAUUGUUAAAGGUUGACGCUCGUUUGCUGCACCACAUUUAACAGGUCCUUCCUCUUCAGCCUCUCAGCUCUGCGAAGGCGGAGAGAGCAAAUCUAAGCCAUGAGUGAUGUGUGAUGUCACCUGUCUGCUUUGCAAAUACACCGCACGUGUUUGACUUCUGCCAUUUCGUGUUUGUUGAGUUUAAGAUCGACCACUUGAGACAGGAGGCAAUUUCAACACGCAGCUCUGACAGUAAAGGUUGCCGCGAAGGUUGCUUUAAAUGAACCGGCCAGGUGAUGGCAGCAUGGCACAGCUUAGACGCUAUCCACCUGCCAGAGCAGCACACUCACACAGCGCUUUUAAAAACUUUUGCAGAGUUGACGGCAAAAUUAUUUGGUCUCCGUUGCGUCGCCGUAAAAUGUUUACCUUUCAUUCAUUUAGAUUCAUAAAAAAAUAUUAGUACAUCAGUUUUCCAGUUAACAACGGUCAUAACGGCUUCCUCCACCAGGAAUCUUGACUAAAGCGUGUUUAUGGUGCAAUGUGAAAAGUAUUGAUUAGGUGUUAAAUGAUUUAGUUGCUUGGAGUGCAUUUACAGUAACAUGCUCGAGAGAUGUCAGAGAGGCUAUUUACAAGAUUUACUGCAACCUUAACCUUUAAACAGAAAACCUUUUUCAGCACAUGGAUGUUUCGGUUUCAGAUUUCUGCAGCAGGUGAGAGAGACAUUUUGUUCAAAAUGUCUCUCACGUAAAAAUACUGAAGUCAGAGCAGAACAGGGGGCAGAAGAGGCUUGCAGGCAACACCAAAAAUUAACAUUUUAAUUGUUAGGAGUUGCUGCACCAACUUCAAACAUGCAAGGAAUCCAUCUGUGUUGAUCAUCCAAAAUAUAUGGUACAAAGAAAAAACCCUCAAAAAAGAAUAACUCUCAGUAGUAAAACUCGGUGAAGACAACAAUAUAUUUCUGAAAUCAGUAAACCUACAUUCAGUUCCCACUCUUCUUAUUGAGGUGCCUAACAAGGCAUCACCUGAACAAAAAGGCAUUAUAAAAACCUGCUGGUCCAAAUAUUGAUUUCUGAAAUCUUCUUGAGCUAUAUUCUGUAAAUAAAUACUCAAACUGAAGUUUGGCAUUACAUUUGGAAAUUUUAGGGAAAUGUCAGUAAUUUGGAAACUAAAACAUAUUUUUUUGAGAAGUGUGCAUGAUGAAAUUUCAGAAAGUACCCCUGAACUUCAUAAGGUGUGAGAAAACAGAAAGCGUCGCACAUCUGAAAGCACAGCAAAACAUGACUAGAAUAAAGUUUUUUGAAACAAAGCAGUAGAAGUUUAGAAAACAGAAAACGUAACUUUGAAAAAAAAACAAAAACGAAAAAGUAAACACUGGACAUUUUCAGGAAACAAUAGCAUUUUCCAAACACUCUCGGUUAAAUAGUUAACAAUAAACUAAACAACACAGGAUAACUUCAAACACCUUAAACACUGACUGCAGGUCAUUUUGUUCCUGUUCCACUUCAGGCCCCCCCACCUUACACCCAUGUGUUACCGCUGACUCAACAUGUGCUUUCCAUUACACAUUUCUUCAUUUUGCUUAAGGAACAGUUCAAGUUUUGUUUUUUUUAUUAAAGCUUGUGAAAAUAUUCUUGUAAAUCUUCCCUAACCUACAGUAAACAUGUAACAUGUGGCAGUAAGUUUGUAGAACAGUGAGAUCAGAGCGGAAGCUAACAGCCAGUCAGAAAGACAGCAUUACAAAAGUGGUUAUUAAAUGUCUUUAUGGGAGUAAUAAGGUGUUGAGUCCCAUGAAUAUUAAAUUAAUUUUUUAGCUUAGGAUGUUUUAAAUAGAUAAAUAAGACAAAAUAAGGGGGUAUAUCACUUUGAGAAUUGCUUUUGUUUUCAAUAACGUAAGGUAUUUGUUACAGAAAUAACAAAAUUGCAAACAUAAGAACUGUGAAGGCACAACAGUGGAAAAACAACAACAACAAAAAAAACCUUCAAGCACCAGCAGUACUCGGAAGUGACUGAUCAGUGUGAAACAGUAAAUAAAAACCAAACGACUGCUCAAUCUGGUAGAAGACUCUGGUUCAAUGGAUGUUUUUCUGAGAGUGUUCGCCAUUGUCUUUACAGUAGCUAUGCCCCGUCUGCACUCUCUGGGUGUCUGGAAGACAUUUGGCCGACUUUUACAGUAGUCACAGGCGAAGACGAGGCAGCUCCGUCCGAUAUAAGGGGGAUAGAUUUACAUUGUGUUAAAUAAGAGAAGGCAGACAAGCCGGAUUUCCAUUUCGCAUGCAAUAUUGGCACCUGCACUCCAUCAUAUGGUGAUAGUUAUAUUGGCUAGUGGACUACUGGUGGAUUUAUAGCUCGGGAGUCAAAGGUCGAAGGAAACAUCAGAGGGUCGUCUAUCUGUCCCACCUGUUAGACAUAAAAAAGAGGAAAAAAAACAUCCACGCUCCUCAAAGCAACUGGCAUUUAAAACAAUUAAGUUUCCUGUCAAGUCCCUGUGAUGAAUUAUCCGGAAGCUUUACCCGCUGUAAUUCUAAAUCUUCCCAACAAGUGCCUUUGUUGUAGAGAAAUUAAUGAAAACAAGAUUGUCUUUCAUAGGAGCUGAUCUCACAGCGCGACAGCCAGCUGCUCUUCUUUGGGAAUAAAAAAAAACAGUCAGCAUUAAACACAGCUCACACAAAAUACUCUUUUUUUUUUUUUUCCCCUACCACUCGUGUGGAAAACAAAUCAGGCGGCAGGCGCAGUGGCCAUCUGUUUUGUUAUUUGAUAUGUGUGAAUACAUGUUGUAAUGACUUUGUUUGUGAAUCGCUCUGCGCGGCGGAACACACGAGAGCUCUCGAAGUGCUGGAGUGUUCAAAGCUAAUCAUAUAAUUGGACACAAUAGUCGAUGACAAAUGGAGACGCUCGGAGCCAGCCAGCUGGGGAAGUGAAUAUGUAAUCAUUGUAAAAUCAUAUCAUUUUUGCAUAUUUGAAGACAGCUUAAUAGAGUUUGCGUGUCAGCGCGCCAUCAAAUGAUGAUCAGAGGCAGUUCUGCCGCAUUUGUUUUCCGAAUCCGACUUUGUUAGGCUAUUUAUCUUGAUCUUGAUUAAAAGUGUUUUCACAAGA